ACUUCAUAUAUCCCUUUUUUACUCAAUCCAGAAUACCGAGAAAGUCAGAUUGAAUCAUUUUGUCGACCUUUCCUUUGGAUUUAUUAUCAUAGGUAGUGUUCGAGAUCGCCUCUGUGCGGUGAACGCUCGAAUGUAGCUAACAUCAGUUUUGUCCUCGCGUGGUUGAAGGAGAUGCUGCUGCUGGAUGGAAUGCUUCCGGGGCGCCAUGAUCCUUCUAUCAGGAAUAGAAUAAUCGAGGGCACUGACUGACUGCAUCAAUCAUCGCUCAGUGAGCUAUUAAUUGCCGCCAAUAGCGCUUCGCUUGCAUGCAAGGCGGCUAAUAAAAGCGCCAGGUAGACGCGCGGAGAUGCAUUUUGAGUACUGGUGGUACUGGACAAGCUCUAGGGGAAUAAUCUCUUUCUUAUUUCUUUCUUAUUUCUUUCCCAUGACGACUAGGAACGGGCAAAUCAAGAAUUUCACUUCGAAUUCCGGACCUCAACAUCCUGCUGCUCAUGGUGUUUCACGAUCAGUAUUGGAAAUGAACGGAGAAGUGGUGGAACGUGCGGAACCACAUAUUGGAUCACUCCAUAGAGGGACUGAGAAAUUAAUCGAGUACAAAACUUAUCUUCAAGCUUUACCUUAUUUUGAUCGUUUAGACUAUGUUUCUAUGAUGGCCCAAGAACACGCUCAUUCUUCAGCCGUAGAGAGACUUUUGAAUUGUGAGGUACCAUUACGAGCUCAAUAUAUAAGAGUGUUAUUCUGUGAAAUAACUCGAAUUUCAAAUCAUUCACUUGCUUCAACUACUCAUGCUAUGGAUGUGGGAGCAUCAACUCCGUUCCUUUGGGCUUUUGAGGAGCAGGAGAAAUUGUUGGAAUUCUAUGAAAGAGUCCCGGGAGCCAGGAUGCAUGCCAGUUUCAUACGACCUGGUGGAGUGGCACAAGAUCUGCCUCUUGGCUUAUGUCGAGAUAUUGAUUCCUCCACACAACAAUUUACUUCUCGUAUCGACGAAUUAGAAGAGAUGUCAACCGGCAACCGUAUCUGGAAACAACGAUUAGUGGAUAUUGGUACUGUCACUGCACAACAAGCAAAGGAUUGGGGAUUCAGUGGUGUAAUGUUAAGAGGUCGUGCGACAUGAAGACAUUGAUAGCAAUAUGGGGGAAGUUCCCAUCAGGCAACAACGGUUCUGCCUGACCCUACAAAAGCAUGCAUAUGUUGUCAGUGAAGAUUUUGUGUGAAGCCUUGGAGACGACGUACCCGGGGCUAGGGUGAGCUGAGGGGGGACAGCGUAAGUGAGCGAAUGUGUGUAAGCCCAGUCAAAGAUUCCUAUU